GAAGACAUCUGGGAUGCAUCAAAGGCAGCCCAGCCGGCUCUGGCUCCGUCUCAGUGCUGCUCCCCAAUCCCUCCCAGAGCAGCCGCUGCGCUCCAAGGCGUGGCGGCCGAGCUGAUUGCCUCUCCUCUGCUUUCCUUCCAGGCUCUGGCCGCCGCUGGCCGCCCGGAUGCCUCGCCUUGGCCCGAGUUCCGCUGUGUUUUUAGCGCUGCACUAGGGACCCUGUUCGGUGCGGUUCGGGGUUUUUGUGGUGACAGCAUCAGCGGCUGCCUUUUUUAAAUUUAUUUUCUAACUUGGACCCAGACCCGGGCCCGGCCCCACUCCCGCUGGCAUGAUGGCCCAGUCCAAGGCCAACGGCUCGCACUACGCGCUGACCGCCAUCGGCCUGGGGAUGCUGGUCCUGGGCGUCAUCAUGGCCAUGUGGAACCUGGUGCCCGGCUUCAGCUCCGGCGAGAAGCCCCCCGCGCAGGGCAGCAACAAGACGGAGGUGGGCAGCGGCAUCCUCAAGAGCAAGACGUUCUCGGUGGCCUACGUGCUGGUGGGGGCCGGCGUGAUGCUGCUGCUGCUCUCCAUCUGCCUGAGCAUCCGGGACAAGCGGAAGCAGCGGCAGGGCGAGGAGAUGGCGCACAUCCAGCAUCUGCCGGGGCCCGAGACGCACGCCCCCGAGGAGGACAGCCAGGAGGAGGAGGAGGAGGAGGCCUCCUCCAGGUACUACGUCCCCAGCUACGAGGAAGUGAUGAACACCAACUUCCCCGGAGCGCGGGAGCCGGACCACAGCCCGCGGAUGAGCAUCUCUCUUCCCUCCUACGAGUCCCUGACGGGGCUGGACGAGACGAGCCCCACGACCCCCCGGGCCGACGCCGAGGGGCACCCCCCCGAAAGGCAGAACUCCAAGCUGGCCAAACGCCUGAAGCCGCUGAAAGUGCGAAGGAUUAAGUCCGAGAAGCUCCACCUCAAAGACUUCAGGAUCAACCUCCCGGACAAAAACACCCCUCCGCCCUCCAUCGAGCCUCUGACGCCCCCGCCGCAGUACGACGAGGUCCAGGAGAAGGCCCCCAACGCCCGGCCCCCCGACUGACGGCCCCCCCCCCCGGGGUGCUCCCUCCUGCCACUCGCCCUCCGCACCCACAGACCCCAAUGAAGCCACUCCGGCCACCGCUGAGCAGCGAGGGGACCGAUGCGGACGGAGCCGUUUCGGACAGGGGUGUGGGUUGGGGAGCCCUGUGAUUCUGGGGUGACGCACGUCCACAGGACCUUUCGUCACUGGCGUGCUGGGCAGAGAUGCCAUCUGGGAUCUCAUGAUGCUGCAGGUCCCGUGGGGGGUGGGAGGGGUGGUCCAUGGUCCCCCAUUGUCUUUCCUCAACUGAAUCCCUGAUGGUGACAGCAUCUCUCCCACCAGGACAGGAUGCCUGGGGACGGGGGAUAGAGUGUGGUUCGGUUUUGCCUCCACUGAGACUGUUCUGUUUCCAAAAGAAAUUAAGUUAUGCCUUCACUUUCUUCCCCGGAGCCCCAGACCGCGUGUAGGAACCGCUGCUCAGCUUGGCAGCGAGGGCGUGGGACCCGAGCAAAGGUCCGAGGCCUCUGGGGGGGUGAGGCCCGGGUGGGGUCCUCGGAGCCGGAUGCUGUGGGUUCUUCGAGGGCCCGAGGCCUUAAGAUGCUGAGGACCAUAGUCUUAACCGGUACACGUGACCAGUCCCUCCCGUGUAGCGGCAGGAGAGCUGGAGGGGAAGUUCCCUUCUAAGAUGCCGAGCAUUUUAUAAUAAAGUAUUUUAUAUGUA